UGAGGUUUUCGAAAGGGGCGUGUCUUGUAGGAAUCAUUUUAAAAACUCCCGCAGCUUUUCAGUGAGACCCUGUGAACUCGACUCAACUCAGAUCGAAUAACUGCAAGAAACUUGGAGGAACAGUUUUCACCAUACAAGUCAUCCAUCAUGGUGAGCACCCUGAAUGAACUGUCCUGGCUGAAACAAUCAGGCUUCGGUCAGCCAGAACCGAGACAUGGCCUGAACCUGUUGUACUGGUUUGCUCGUGACUAUAUCGAUGUUAGAAAUGGUGUCAUUGUCCCGAGAUUCAAGCCUCAGAAUGGAGACUUUGGCUUUCACAAAUACCAAAACAGAAUUGAAGAAGAUGAUCACAUUGUGCCUGUUCAGAAUCUCCCAUACUAUGAGGUGGGCAACCUGAACGCUAAAGGAGCAGACAAGCUCCCAGGUUAUGUCAGGGCAAAUUACAGCAGCAGAAAACCAGACAACAACAAGGAUCGCAUUAUUGUGCGGCGAGACACCGAUGGCACCUUCAAUAGGGUGUAUGUGACUGAACACAGUGACCCGAAACGAUUCGACAGGAGCAGAACCUACCGCGUGAGCCAGGGUCUUCUCACCAUCAUCAAGAACAUGAGUCGAGAGCAGUAUCUCUCUCAGCUCUCAAGCACUCAAGCAGACAAUUUCAGAUACACACAACAUAGUCAUUAUGAGACGCCACCUGAAAACAACUCCUGGUGUACCAUUCUUUGAGCCAUUCAAAAGGCUGCUGACAUUAACCUGCUUUCAUUAUCUCCAUGAUUAUUAUAUAAAUUUUAUUAUGUAAUGGUGAAUUGAUUAAAGCAUCGAUUAACUGCUUCAUGAUGCUUCGAGACCUUUAUGAAUCUUGUUUCGAAAUGAAUUGGAGUACGAACCUUUAAGUUAUUUCAGCAAACGAGGCUUCGCUGAAAGGUCUGUGGUUUUAAGAUAGUGUUGUGUUUAAAUGAAUUUAAAUGUGUGGUUAUAAAUGAUCUUAGGUUAUUCUUCUGUGCAUUUACACGACUUUUCUCUAGCAUGCAUUGAUUCAUAUUUGCGAAUCAACUGGUUCGAUUGAAUCCCUUCUCCCGUCACUGUUAUUUAUGUUCCCUGUCAUAAUCAAAUUUUGAUUCAUUUGCUGGGUUCCUGAUUUCUAUUAAAUGUGUGGUUUCUCUGCGGCUUGAUUUGAAAUAAAAUGAUUUUGGGAAC